AUGGACAAUCCGUUAAAAGUGACAAAAGACAGACUGACUAAUUUGAACGAUGCAUUCAUAUCUACGAUUGAAUGUGGGGAGACCAGUCAUAACAGCGAUGAAGAAUUCUUUGCAGACCAGGAUGGGAACACCAAAUUUGAUGAAAACUCAAAGCAGUAUUGCAAAAUUGGAAGUGAAUAUAUGCACAAAUUUGAGAAUCUGGAAAAGAAAGAACACGAGAAUAUUGAUUUAAAAUUGGUAGCGCCCAGAGACAAUAACAUGAUCCUAAUUGACCCGUCCUACAUAAGAGAAAGAGACUUCGGCGGGGACAAGGACUACAUCAACGUCAGCUUCGUUAACGAUUUUAUAAAGGUGUCUAAGGAUGAAAUACGCGCAGGACAGAAGGACUUCUACGGAGGGAGUUACAACUUCACAUAUAAAGACGGAGACAACAAGAAAAAUUACGAAUACAUCAAUGCAACAAACGAAUACUACAUAACUAAAAACGUGGAGGAGAAAAUGACAAACACAGGGAUGACCGCCGAAAAUUUUUUCUCGGACAGUAAGAUGUUGCUGUAUGAAGACGGGAUGAACAAGUGGUCCGACAGGAGCAGAUAUCUCUACUUUGUCGAUAAGGAGGAGCAAAAUAAUGGAUACAAGAAAAAAAAAUUUAAAGAUAUACGUCUGAACGACGCCCUUAUAGUGGAUAAUUACGAGAAGAUGGCUUACAAGCAGGACCCUAGUAGUGACAAGAUCAAAAUAGAAAACUUGAUAUUGGACGUCCUCAACAAUGACUUCGACUUAGAAUCUGAUGAAAAUGCCAGGCCUAAGGAGGAACUCGAGGGGAAGGAAAGAGGCACGGCGAAAGACGGACAAGCAAACGUCAGGAAGAAAAAAGAACCCUUGAAUAUAACCCCGAAGAUAAAAAGCAAAUGCAACCGAUCUUACAUCUUGGAUUAUCUACAUUAUGAUAACUUCUUCCAUGACGAGGAGGUGGACGUUUCUGAAAAAUCGAUCUCCGAUAACUCGGAUCGUGAAGUCAAUGAGAAGGGAAAAUAUAGCUCUCCAACUUACAUCAUAGGAAAUAAAAAAGAGUUUGACAUAAAAAGCAACAUACACAAUUUGUUAACCAAAGUUAAGACAGAACUAAAUGUCAGAGAUUUUUCAAAGUUCAUACCGGACCAGUUUAACAUGGAUGUGUUUUUAUCAAACCAAUCAGAGAGCGAAGAAUACGAAUCCGACUCUGAUGAGAGUACGGAUUGCGUUCUGAAGAAGAAAAAAAUCCAGUGGAAUGAGAAAAAGGUGAAAGAAGAAAUGGAGCUCCUGCGCAAAUACGACUACGUGGAAUCGCUAUACUCGCCUGGCUACUUCUCCAGAAUUACGCAAAAUUUUAGGGACAAAUAUAACAAAAAGAGGAUCAACAUUUAUGACUUGAGGAAGAAUCAACUGUACGAGCAAAUAAAAAAGGACUUCCUCGACGAAGAGAAAACGAAGAAGGCCGAAGAAAAUGUGCAAAAAUUCAGACUCGAAAAUUUAGGCGUCCCAGAAGAAAACCCAAGUGCAGAUGAAGAAGCAGAUUUGGAAAGUGUCCAGGGCAUUUCGGAAAAGGACAAACCCACGGAUCAAGGUGUAUCAGAUGUGAAAAACAAGUGGCAGGAUGUAAGUGACGACCAAACGGACAGUUCCGUAACAUUCGAUCAUAUAGACAGUAGAAGCAUAAGUAACUUGAAGAGGAAAUACAAAGCAGUGAAAAAAAGCGAGCGCUCUAGUAGGUCAGAGUUAAGGAGGCUAAAAUUUUACAUAUGCCGAAGGGUUCAUAAGAAGAAAUAUCUGCUUAAGAACUUGAAGUCGAAUAAGAAGGACAGGAAGAAGAAAGAGAAAAAGCGUAAGGCCAUGAAAUUUUCCCCUCAGGGAGGGUACAACCUGUUGGCCAAGAUCCAGGAAGACGUCAACAGGGACGAGGUGGAGGAGGAAGACGAGGUCAACCAACUGGAAGAAGAUGACCUAUUCGACAUCAACGAAAUGAACACGUCAGAGAUGAACACCUCUGAUUACACCUACUCAUCACUAACCCUUUCGUCCUACGAAUAUUUAAAUAUACGCCGGGUGCACUAUAAUGAUAACUCCAACGAACAGAUAUUUUACCAGAACGACCCGAGAGUGAACGUUACUUACCUGUACGACAAUGUCCAAUUUUUUCUUAUUCAAGAGGACAAGGAUGAACAGGAAGAGAGAACUAGCGAAGGAACCCUGUUCAUGGAAAUCCUCGUGUACGACAUCAAAUUCUACCGACAGGGGAAACAGAUCGAAGAAGAGGCACUGCUGUACACCCUCGAAAUAAACGAAGAUACGACGGCAAAACUAGAGAAAAAGGAAAAUAACACCUACGAAAUAUUGCUAAAAACGGUGAACGAAAAAACAGGCACAAUUCGCUGUUCCAUCGUAGGCAAUAAACAACAAAUGAGCAUCAUCUUUAACAAAAUAUACAAAAGAAUUUUACUAGUCAAGUAUGUAAAAUAUUUGAACUCCAUUUCAAGUGGGGUAAUUGAAAAUGCUGUUAAUUAUUUCCUGUUGGAAUGUAGAACAUUGAAUUUAAAAAAUGUCCCAUAUAAAAAAAAUGCAGAUAAAAUUAUCCUUUCAUCCCCCCAAGACGUAGCAAAUAUUUCCAGCAUCAAAUUAGCCAACAGAUCAAUGACCAUUGAAGACUUGUCUGAAUUUCUAUCCAUUUCAAAUGUGAAACAAUGCAAUUCGUUGAACUUGACAAAGAACCCACUGUUCCAAGAUUUAUCAUUUGAACAAAUCAAGCAGGACGUGGAUUAUGUAAUCAAAUGUUUUAAAUGUCUACAAGUAAAGGAACUCAUUUUAGACUUCACCGAUCUGUCAAACGAAUCGGCUGAAUAUUUUAUCGUUAACAUUUUGUUAAGUACCAAUAUUUCCUUUCUCAGCCUAGUGAGCUGCGAAUUAAAGAGUAACAACAUAAACAACAUAGUAAACAUUGUCAGAGAUUCUAUGAAUGGAAGCAGAAAACUUGCAAGUGCCAUCAGUUAUGUCAAUGCAGAGUUCAACACAUUGACUUAUUACGACGUGAUGUCUCUCCUGAAUAUUUUUUUUGAGCUAAAUAAAGAUUUUAAAAAGUUAUACAUUUGUGGGAAUUCCAUACAGAGUGAUAUAUUCGACAUAUCCUUCGAGUUUAAGAGGAGGAAAUCUUUCAUCGAAAUGCGCAAAUUUGUCAAGUCCCCGCCGGACAUUUUCCAUGUUGACACCAUCGACCAAGUUAGGGACUCCUACCCGUGCAACUUGCGGGGGAUCGCGGACAUGUUGGAGGACGGAAAAGCCACCCAAGUCACCUUCGAGCUGUACUUCUCCUACCUGCACGUCGUGAAUCCAGAGGAAAGGCUCUACACCAUCAGAAACAUCUCAGUAGUCAGGAAAGGCACCAUGAGCAUAGUGGUGAUUGAGGCACUGCUUAACUACAAGGAAGUAAAGAUUAAGCUCAAUUUAUUCAAGAAAAAUAUAAUCCUUCUCUUUCACAGCAUAGUACGGGAAAGCUUCAUCGGGAAGGCAUACUACCAAGAGCAGAUCAGCAACGGUAGAGAAGUGAACGACAAGGUUUUGAAUUACUUUAUUAUGCGAAGUGAAAAUGAGAUUAACUUUUCCCAUUACAACGUCACGCGAGAAGAAAUUCACUUUGUCCUGGAUCUGUGCAAAAAGGGCAUCGUGAAAAACAUGAACCUUGGCCACUGUUACCUCCGCAACGAAGACAUUCCCUACUUCAAUUCAGUGAAGAAGUACCUCUACGGAAUUAAAAUUUACAAACUCUCUCUGGGCAAUAAUUUAAUCGACUCGAAUGUGGACAUAAACGAGCUGAUUACUUUUCUCUCCAACUUCACCAUUUUUUUCAAAUUAAACCUAUGUGAUCUGAAAAUCGGGACGCACCCCUCCAUAUAUGAAUUUUUUUUUUACCUCUUGAACAAUACCAAGUGCAAGAUUAUAAGCCUGGACAACUGCGACCUGGGAAACGCCUUCCUGAUGAGUGUCAACCGAAACAUUGCGCAACUGAACAAAAAUAGCUACCUGACGAUCCUUUCUAUGCAACACAACUCCUUCAGUGACAUAAAAGGAAUUCUCAAAUUCUUAAAUAACAUCAUGUCUGCAUGCAAGUCAAUAGAAAAGAUUAAAGUUUACACUGACUACAUAAGUGAUAGGGAUGCUAGCCUCAUAACAAAGCACAUGAUCAAAAGGGACGUGGUGUCGUUUCAGUACACUUACGACACAUCUACCUCCGCCCAGAAUGACAGGAUAAAGGUGCCCAAAAUAGCGAAGAAUAAAAUCAAUAAUGAUGUGGAGUACAGUGCAGAUAUGACAGAGCAUGAACGGAAAAUAAUUGAGGAGUUUUUCCUGAAAAAACAAAACCAGAGGGGAGAGAACGAAAGAGGUGCAGGCGAGAAAGCAGACAACCACAAGUACGGAAACCGCUACAAUUUGGACGACUUAAAAUCGCGAAAUAUUAGAUAUAGCCCAAUGAAGUGA